AUGGCGGGCCAGGCUGAUUUACAGGAGCUGCUGCGCAUGCUCACGGCCCGGAAAGUCCCCGUGUUAUCAGCCAUGGGUCACGUCAAGUCACUCCAGGCAAUGAAUCUCAAGAGCAUCGAACAAAUAGCAGACGCCCCGCUGGCGACAGUAGAAGACGCGCUGAAAGACGCAAAGCUGGCCAAGGGCCUGCACACAGCAUGCAAAUCACACAGUAAGAAGCCCGCGGCGGCAGCUAAGCGCGGCGCAGAGGACGCGCCGUCACCAAAAGCAAAGAAGCCCAAGCUGGAGCCCACGAAACACGACCUAGACUACAGCUCAAUGGCGGCGGAUGAUCUAGAAGCGUCAAUGGAGCUACCGCUGGUUGAGGACGAAACCCUGAUACGCGACACCACCGUCGUGACAAACAGAGCGCCGCUAGUUCUCGCCUUCGCCGUCGAGCUCCUGCGGGUGACGAUGCCGGAGCAACCGCCAAGCAGCAGGCUGAGCCUCGCGCAGGCGCUGGUGAGCGCCAACUCGCGGAGCAAGGCUGUCAGUAUCGGCAUCGAGAAGCCUGGCGGGGAGGUGCCCGUCGCCGAGGGCCAGCCCAAGGUGCGCGUCAUGGGUCGCGAGAUUCCCGUGCUUAAGCGUGGCGACUACACAUGGUCGGGUGCACCAGAGAAAAAGACGGACAGUUCUACAGAUGGCGCGAGCGCGUCGCACGGGAGUGAAAAGACGUGGACGGCGAGCUCGACGCUGACGUCGCGGGCUUCUACGUUUGUAGCCCACGCGGCGUCCGUGUCCAACGCCGGCUCGCGGCCCGGCCUCAUCAGGCAGCUCAUGACGGAGCGUCCCGACCUGGAGACGGCGUCGCACAACGCGUGGGCCAUUCGCACCAGCUUUGGCAAUUCGCCGCUGGUGCAGCAGGCCUCGUUUGACGACGGCGAGACCGGCUGCGGCAAGUUUAUGCUGGAGAUUUUGAGGGAGGCUAAUAUUACGAAUACGCUCGUAGUUCUGACGCGGUGGUACGGCGGUGUGAUGCUGGGGCCGGACCGGUGGCGGCUGAUGCGCGAGUGCGUCAACGACGCGCUCGCGUCGCAGCGGCGCACGGCGAGCUUUGUGGCCGGCGAAGCUGCCGUAUGGGGUCUCGACACGCAGGACGCGAGUCCGGCUACAUCGACCGUCGGCAUGGGCAUACACCGGCCCGAAGCCGCGCGAAACUACCUGCUCCGCUCGUUUGCGUCGCCCGCGGUGGUGCCAGCGGGCAGCCCCAAGAAGACAGUGACGGCCAUUGACGCGGAGAAGCAGGAGAACCUGGGGAGGCUGCUUGGCGCGCUGCGGAUCGUCGUGGAGAGCUGGGCGGGCGCGCUGAGCAAGAAUGAGCUGGACAAGAGAGCGUGGAACUGGUACGUGGCUGUGCGGCCGGAUGUGCAGUCGGGGCCGUCUGGCUGGGGAGCUCGGGGCGAGCUGAAGCUGAGCAAAAUACUGGACCUGAAGCGUAACGUGGGCUGA